CCUAACACGGAUGUUUUAUUGAUUUUGUUUCCCCCCUAACAUUGAUGCUUAUAUGGACAACGUGACUGCGAUGAAGGCUCUGCAGCUGUCGGCGUACGAGCGGAUCAAGCAGGCCACUGAGACCGUCCUGCUGCGGCUGGAGGACGGGGCCGACUGCGGGAAGAUGAGACUGCUGCUCAACGAGGUGCUCACGACCACCGUGGAGGAAAUCCUCCGCGUGUUCGAGAGGACGGUGGUGGAGUACGAGGAGAGGCUGCUGCGGUCGGAGCAGCAGGUGCUGCAGGUCUGCCCGCAGCACCGCCUGCUCAACUCCCUCUUCAGUCCCACAGUCAUGUUGGAAAGAGCAGACAUCCAGCAGCUGUUUCCUAAUAAAGAAGAGGUUUCUAAUAAGCAUCUGGGGAGGAGCUCCAGUAUGAUUCCAGAGGAGACACUCAGCAAAGAGAUGCAAGAAGAAGAUAAAGGAUGUGACUGUGAAGGAUUGGAUUCAGAUGAUGAUUUAACACUUGCUGCUGAAAAGCUUUCAGACUCUCUUGAACAAGGCGGACAGAACAUGUCAAAGGAUGAAAAACUCACUGCAAAUGCAGAGAGUGAUUUAGGAGAAACGCAUUACACUUGCUCCAUGUGUGGUGAAAGGUUUGCUCAAUUAAUAGGUCUGUCUUACCAUUUGAAAAUUCACAAAUCAAAGAAAGACAGAAGGAUGGAAGGAAGAAAGGAAUUUGCGUCAAGAAAUAGUUUAAGAUAUCACAAUCUCAUUCACACUGGAAUGAGACCUUUUUCGUGUGACAACUGUAACAAAAGGUUCAGGUGGCCGUCACAAAUCAGAAGCCAUAACUGUGUCUCAUUAAGUGCCAUUACAACUUCUGUUAAAACUGAUGGUCCCAAUUACGAGGGACAAAAAAAACCUGGGUGUAAUAGUUACACUAAACCACCUAGCUGUCCUGACAACAAGGUUCAAACUGAACUCAGAAAAUGUUGGCAAGAGCAGAAGACACUGGCGUCCACUAUACACAAAGGAGAUCUGAGCCGACACACAGCGCUUCAAACGGAAGUACAGAACAAGGUGAAGCAGGAGACUGCAGAGCCUUUACAUGUUAAAGAGGAACAAGAGGAAAAGGAAAUAGUCAAUUUCACAUUCUGUCAAGUUCCUGUAAAGGUUGAAGAAGCCGAUGAAACACCUCAGGCCUCACAGCUUCUUUACAUCAAGGCUGAAGAGAACAUGGGCUCAGUGAAGGAACCAGAACCAGGUCUACCGCCACAUCAACAUCCAACCUCAAACUCCUCAGACACUGAUGUCAGUGAUGGUGAAUGGGAGAAGCUUGGACAGAUUCAAACUGCUCUGUGGACCCUGCGUUAGGCAACAAGGUUGAGCGGCGCUAUAUAUCUGUCCUAUGUGUGGAAUAAGUUUCAGGAACAUGGAGUGCAUGAAAAGUCACAUCCGGACUCACGCUGGAGAAAAGCCCUUCAGCUGCAUUUUCUGCCAUAAAAGCUUCAAGUGGCUCUUAUAAAUUCGUCACCACAAUUGUGGGAAUGACAAAACCUAGAACCAAACUCUAGACUUGGGGUGGCCAACCUGCGCCCGUUGAGCUACAGUAUACGCUCGUAGCUUUCGGCCCGUCUGUGGCUAUUGUAGUUAAUUUCAAUACUGGCAGAUUUGCUUUCACAAAUGCAUCCAUCAUGGUUUCUUUCAUAUCUCUAUGCCACGGGUUCUGUCUUUUAAUCUUCUUUUAUCACACAGUCUUUUGACACAGAUCGCACAAAUAUUGCCAGUUGAGGCUUGUCUUGUACGUCACAACACCGUUGAGCUAUACGAGCGCGUGCGCGCUCGGGUUGAAUUUGGAUUUGCUAAUUUGAAAAUAAAAUAAAUACACUCUCAAAAUGGCAGGGAAAAAAUGCAUGGCCAAACGAAAGUAUAAAGAUGAACACAGGACUUUUUUAACCGAGUGGGAGACUUUUUUUUUUUUUAUUGAACGUAAUGGCAAGCCAUUCUGCCUUAUAUGUCAGGCAUCAUUAGCGCAUUACAAGGCUUCAAAUCUUCAGCGGCACUUCAGUUCAUUCCAUGCUAACAUCGACCGGGAAUUUCCAAAGGGUACUGAACUUCGCAAGCACAAGUUGGUCACUUUGAAAGGUCAAAAUGAAAAGCAGACACAGUUGUUCCAAAAAUUUACGAAGCACUUAAAGAACGUAACGCUUGCAUCAUAUACACUUGCUUGGAACAUCGCACGGGCAAAAAAGGCAUACAAUGAAGGGGAGUUUGUCAAAACAUGCCUCAGUGAAAGUGAGUAUUGAAAUCUUGUCUCCUGAAAACGACAAACUAAAACGAAUGGUAUCAGACAUCCAACUGUCCCGGCACACGGUUGAACACAGAAUAUCUGACAUUAACAUGGCUAUCGAAUCACAGCUGCACUCAGACCUUCAAGCCUGCGAGUAUUUUAGUGUCGCAUUGGAUGAGUGUUGUGACGUACAAGACAAGCCUCUGGCAAUAUUUGUGCGAUCUGUGUCAAAAAACUGUGUGAUCAAAGAAGAACUCCUUGAUAUUGUGCCAUUAAAAGACAGAACCCGUGGCAUAGAUAUGAAAGAAACAAUGAUGGAUGCAUUUGUGAAAGCAAAUCUGCCAAUACCAAAAUUAACUGCAAUAGCCACAGAUGGAGCGCCAGCUAUGAUCGGAUCCGUGAACGGGCUUGUGGGGCUGUGCAAAGCUGACGAAACAUUUCCAGAGUUUUGGAAUUUCCACUGCAUCGUCCACAUGGAGCAACUGGUGUCUAAAUCACUGAAUUUAGACAAUGUCAUGAAGCCUGUGAUUGAAAUCGUCAACUACAUCCGCACACACGCGCUUAAUAACAGACAAUUCAAGAAUCUCCUUGCUGAGCUGGACCAAGGGCUUCCAGGUGAUCUGCCGCUCCACUGUACUGUGAGGUGGCUGUCAAAAGGCAAGGUGCUUUCUCGCUUCUUUGAGCUUAUGGAUGCCGUGAAACUGUUUAUGGAAGAGAAGGACAAGCACUAUCCCGAGCUCUCAGCGGAUCAUGGAUCUGGCUUUUUUGGGGGACAUGCUGUGUCACUUGGACAGACUGAACCUGACCCUGCAGGGUAAGUCAAAAAUACUGCCGGACCUGGUGCAAAGUGUGUUUGCAUUUGCCAACAAAUUGAAGCUGUUCAAGACGCACAUUCAGAAGACAGAUUUCACGCAUUUUCCCACUCUGCUAAAAACCAGCGGGCAAUUCACCAGCGCUGUCCUGAAUAAGCAAUCAGCCAGAUAUGCAACCCUGGUUGAAAACCUGCAUGAAAGCUUUGUGAUCCAGUUCCGUGAUUUUCAACAGAAAAGGCCACAGAUCACGUUCCUCGUGGACCCGUUUAUUGCGGAGACGGACUGUUUGAAAACCCCGCUGGUCACAGAUGAGGCUGCGGCUGAGUUGGAGAUAAUCGAACUGUGUGAAGAGGAUCAACUGAAACCUGCGUUGAGAGAGGGGGCCAUUCAUUUCUGGAAAAAUGUACCAAUGGAAAAAUACCCAAAUGUCAAACUGGCUGCGCUUAGAAUACUAUCAAUGUUUGGGUCAACAUACGUCUGCAAGUCUGUUUUUUCUACCCUGAAACAUGUGAAAUCAAAGCAUCGCUCUGUUCUGACAGACACACAUGUGAAGGAAUUGCUUCAAGCAGCAACAACUGACUAUAAACCAGACUUGAAAAUGAUUGUUGAGGGCAAGGAAUGCCAAAAGUCCCACUAAGCAACAUGAACAGUAAGAGAAAAUACCAUUGUAAGUAGUUAUAUUUUUUUUUGUAGACAUGAACUGAACAUUGAACAGAGUUUGUUUGUGAGUGUCACAGUUUGGUUUUUGUUUUGGAUCUUGUCAUGUUCAUGUUUGGGUUUUUUGCAUCCUGCUAAGCAGCGUUUUUGGUUCUGUUUAAGUAAAUAAAUCAGUAUU